AUGCUUGUGAUCUGUGCCGUCGGAAAAAGAUUCGCUGUGACAACGCCCAACCAGCCUGUGAGACAUGCUCCUUGGGAGGUGUACAAUGCACCUUCACAGAACAUCCCAGCCUGUCAACUCCUCGAUGCCACAGCACGAAUACGAGAACUGGAAGCCCAGCUGGCUGUUCGGGACCUCUCUUCCGAUUCCGGCCCGAGAGAGCGAACUAGUUCUGACGCACGUUCAGACAACCCAUGGCUUGCCUUGUUCGCUGUAGACCAUCUUCAAGACACAUACAGCAUAGAUACGUCGCUUGCAACAUUUCAAGCAGAGAUCGCCCAUUGUGGAGUGGGAGAAUCUGGCUCCACUAAAAGAGCGUCCUUUUCUUCCAUAGUCUACCGAAAAACAGGCGCCCAACUCGAUCUCGACCACUUUCUCGCCCAAGCUGCACAGUCGCUCAGAUUUCGGGGCAUCCAGAGCAGGACAGGCUCGCAUCGUUCGCUGUCACCAAAGUGGCCACCCACACCUUUGGUACGAUACUCCAUCGACCACUACUCCCAGAGUGGGUUGUAUUCCAUUUUCCCGGUUGCGAGCGCCGAUGGCCUGAGUCGAUUGAUCGAAGAGGGUAUACUAGACCGUCAAGAUGAAACUGUGCCUGCAGCGAACCUGGCCUGCUUGUUUGCCUUGACUGCAAUGAUGAGUGUAAUGCAUCGACUCAGCCCGGAAUUCGUCAAUGCUGAACCAGAUGCAUAUAUUCAGGCAGCGCUGGGCCUCAUGCCUAGGCUGUUGAUGGAAAGGACCACGGUUAGAAGCUUGGAGGCUGUUGUGCUAAUUAUGACCUAUGUCAUGCCAAGUGGGCAGAUUGAACCCGGGCAACUCCUACUAUCCCUAGCUACGCGAAUGAUACUCACCCUCGGUGCGCAUCGAAUGUCCAUAAUGAGCAAGCCUGAAGGUAGACAUCUCCGGGCCUUGUUCUGGUUCUGUUAUGGAGCGGAUAAGAACAUGCUCAUCCGGUAUAAUCAAUCACCGCAUUUCAUAGAUGCGGACUGCGACCUCCAAAUACCGGACAAUUACGUUUUGUCGUCAUCUGACAAUCAAUUUUUCUCGAGGCCUCUUUCUAACCAUGAACUACUUUUCCCCUCUGACGUCCGACUGUCUCUGCUGAAGUCCAAAGUGUACCAUCUUCUUUAUUCCCGCCAUGCUCGAGCUCAUUCAGAGGCCCGUCGCCUUCAGUAUAUCCGUGAAUUGGAUCAAGAGCUGAAUGAUCUGAAACGCACAUUCCCGGCUAGUUGUUGGCCGGAUCUAUUUGCCACAUCAUCCGCCCCCAAUUACACUUUCCAUGACCUGAGGAAGAUUCACGAAGCGAGUCCUUGUCUUGAGAGCAAUAAUAGCAUUUCCAGCUGGUCAAUUCUUCCAUCCAGUGUCGAGCUGUUCUAUCAGGAAUCUCGAUCUAUUCUGUUAUACAUACGUCAUGUUCGUGAUUUUCUCAACUGGCAUACUUUCUGGAUCUACGCCCAAUUCUUGCUGACGAGUGUCUUCUCCCUUUUCAAAUGUAUUAUCAGUUAUCCUGCCGCGUCGUCAAAUGAGAAGGACAUACAACUACUGCAGAGCUUAGUGGACAUGUUCGCUGAAUUAGAUGGAAAGGAGUCAGAAAACGCGAGGGGGCUGUUUCCUCCGUUUUAUUUCACAGUCUGUCUGAUCAAGAGACUUAUCUUCCUUGCCAGGCAAGCCUCCAACAAGGCUUGCGAGUGA